AUCUCACCAGGCCACCUUCUUUCGCCAUGAGGUUCUUCUCUACCUCUAGCAUAGUCACUUGGGCGACCGCCGCCCUCUCUGUUGCCAGUGUUGUGUUGGGCGCGCCCGCUUCUCCAGCCGGACUGCAGAAACGGGCAGCUGUGGUUCCCACUAUGACAGGCUCAGCUGCUGGCAUGGCUGGCGCGAACACAUACGGUCGCGCGUCAGUGAUGAAUGAUGGUUCAUUGCUUGGUUCCGCCACCUACUUCCAGGAUGGAAACAACAUCAUCAACGCAAUACAUUCCACCGAUGGUGGCGCUACUUGGACCAUCCUCGGACAGGUCACCAGCGGCGCAUCUGACGCACAUGACAUCGACAACGCCUACCUUCAACAGCUACCAAGUGGUCGCAUCCUCGCCUCCUUCCGCAACAAUGACAAGAGCGGCUCCGCAUACACCUACUACCGUAUCACCAUCUGCUACUCUGAGGAUGGAGGCGUGACCUGGCAGUUCCUCAGCCAGGCCGCCGAGCAGGCAGCGGCUUCGCAGCCGAACGGUCUCUGGGAGCCCUUCCUGCGCGUCACCGGCUCGGGAGCCGUGCAGGUCUACUACUCGCGCGAGAACAACGCCAACGACCAGGACCUCAUCAUGUCCUCUUCGACCGACCAGGGUGCGACUUGGAGCGCCCCCGUCGCAGUCAUCGGCACGGACAAGACGGACGCGCGCGACGGUAUGAUCGGCAUUGCGGCCAACGGCGCUGCCGGCAACCUGUUUGCCGUCUUCGAGUCCGUCGAGAACGGUAUCUUCCAGGUCCAGAAGAGCGAGUCGUCCGACGAUGGCAGCACCUGGGGCCCGCGUGGCGUCGUCUACGCCGCCCCCAACGGCCUGAAUGCACAGUCCCCGCAGGUCGCCAACGUUGGCGGAGCGCUCGUCGCCAUCUUUAUGACUAACGAGGAUAGCGGCGUGGCUGGUACCGCUCAAGAGGCCGUCAAGAUCGUCACGAGCGGAGACGGGGGCAACACCUGGGGCAACAAGCUCACGGUUGGCCCCGCCCCUUCCUUCUGGCCCGGCGUUACCACCACUGGCAACAACAACUUCAUUGCCAUCUACGGCACGAGUGACGUUGUGGUGCAGGAGGUUACCCUAUCUUAAUUCAUAUGUAGGACUUCUUUGGGUAUCAUGUUUGUUCUUGGUUAGGAAUGGGAUCUGUCAUCGACAUUGUAAUCAGAUAUUGCGUGUAAUGAUGUACUUGGUAUACGUACGCAAAGGUGCCAGCGUCCCUAGCUGAAGUCGUGCCACGGCCUGAAUGGGAGACUCUAAUUAGUGCUAUGCGAACAUUAUACGUAUAGUCACUACAAUCAUCUGUUUUUCCAGAGAACGGUAGUAAUAAUUGGAUUCGAUCUACGCAAAAC